AUGGAGACCACCAUCACUAGUUCUUCAGAGAAUGAUGACCGCAGCGGCUCCAGCCUGGAGUGGAGUAAAGAUGGCAGCCUAAGAGGCAGCGGUCGCCAUGGCCUGGCACAGAGCGUGCGGGCGGACACCUGCUCUCCUGUGGCCGAAGAAGACUCCAGCAGUGCCACAGCAACACCUGCAGACACCCCAUCCAGGACAGACCAGCAGCACCCUAACAUAUCUGCGGGUGCUCCAGGGCCACCACACCCUCCAAGUCACUCACCUGAGGGACCCAUUGCGUACCCGCCACAGACAUCAGCUUCCCUCAUGAUGCCGAGGCCAAACUCUGUAGCAGCCACCAGUUCCACAAAGCUUGAAGACCUGAGCUUUCUUGAUGAAAAGCGCAAUACCCCCCUCCGGACAUCCAUUCGCCUACCCUGGCAUAAUACAGGAGGAAGGCCCCCUCAGGACGCUAAAGCGCGUUUUGCUCCCUACAAACCCGUGGACAUCAUGCUCAAACCUUUGCUGUUCGAGGUUCCCAGCAUCACCACAGAUUCUGUGUUUGUGGGCCGAGAUUGGCUCUUUCAGCAUCUGGAAGAUGUCCUGAAGGCCGGCGAGUCCACAGAGAACCACGGUGCUGUGGUGGUGGGCAGCGUGGGGUAUGGGAAGACGGCCAUCAUCUCCCGACUUGUGGCGCUGAGCUGCCAUGGAGGACGCAUGCGUCAGAUCGCCUCCAACAGUCCCAGCGCCUCCCCGAAAACUGGCCCAGGACAAAGCACAGAACUUCCUCUCAGCCAGCCUCCACAGCCCACUCCACCAUCCAGUGCUGCCAACACACUGAGGACCAGCAGUUGCCCAGGAACUCCCGAGAUGCAGCGGCACAGGGAGGAGGCUGUCAAACGCCUGGCUGCAAAGGUGGUGGCUUAUCAUUAUUGCCAGGCAGAUAACACGUACACUUGCUUGGUCCCAGAAUUUGUGCACAGCAUCGCAGCCCUUCUGUGCAGAGCUCAUCAACUGAGUGCGUACCGGGAGCUGUUGUUGAAAGAGCCCCACCUCCAGAGCAUGCUCAGUCUGCGCUCCUGUGUCCAAUACCCCAUGGCUGCUUUCCGGAGAGGAGUCCUGGAACCGUUGGCCAACCUUCGGAAAGAGCGAAGGAUUCCAGAGGAAGAUUACAUAAUCUUAAUAGACGGGCUGAAUGAAGCGGAGUUCCACAAACCAGACUAUGGAGACACCAUUGCAUCCUUCAUCACAAAAAUCAUUGCCAAGUUCCCCUCCUGGCUAAAACUGGUUGUCACUGUUCGAAUCAACUUGGCGUGUCACCUCGGUCACCAGGAAAUUGUCUCACUGCUGCUCGAGUUCGGCGCCAGCGUGGAUGUUGUUUCAGAAAACGGCAUGAGCCCCCUCUGCUUCUCAGCUGCUGCAGGACACUUGGGACAAGUCAUGCUGCUCUGUAAAAAGGAGGCUAAGGUGAGGACUUUUCAUAUUGUGACUACUUGA